GCAGCAAUAUUAAAACAUACUUGAAUAAAAGAAGCCCCCGCUUCUCGUCGUACGUACUUUCACAAAAAAUGCAACCCUACGAUCAUUUGUUCAAAAUUCUUCUCGUCGGCGAUUCUGGCGUCGGGAAAUCUUCUUUGAUGCUCCGUUUCUGCGACGACAUGUUUAACGAGCGGCAGCUGGCGACCAUUGGCGUGGACUUCCGCACGAAAACCCUGCCCCUGCAGCAAAAACAGGUUAAGCUCGCCGUGUGGGACACCGCCGGACAGGAGCGGUUUCGGACCAUGACGAGCAGUUACUACCGCGGUGCGCAGGGGGUCAUACUCGCGUUCGACACCACCCAAAAGGUAUCAAAUGUAAAAGUGUCUGGGUCUGGAAGAAUGCAACUUGUGAUGCUGCAUGUGGAUUCCAGAAGAAUCUGUAUUGCACGAGUACCAAAAGAAAUGUAGUUUUUGCUACGCGGAGAGGGCAUUUGUCAUGCGGAAUAGGCAUCAAGAAGCUCUUAAAAAUUCUGUGAUGCUAGGGCAUGCAUCACAGACAUCAGGGCUCAUGCAAAACGUGCAUAACAAGUGUCAGAAUCUUCCAGACCCAGACAUUUUUACAGUUAAUAAAAGGAGACUUUCGACAACUUGCCAAAGUGGAUACAGGAGGUCCGGGCGCACUCCACCCACGAGAAAGCGAAACUAUUGUUAGUCGGGAACAAAGUGGACUUACUCGAGGAAAGGCAAGUGUCCAGGGAGGAAGCGGAGGAGUUCGCGAAUUCGCACGCCAUGGCGUACUUGGAAACGUCCGCGAGAACAAAUUUGCAAGUCUCGAAAGCCUUCGCGGAACUCGCAGAGUCGAUUUUGUCCGAGCCGGAACUGCUACCAAACACCACCCCCGGCGGUGGUGGUUCCGCGGGGCAGACGUUGGGGGUAAGAGCACCAAGUCCGACGAAUGAGGGGAAUUUAGGCAAACAAAACUGUUCCUGUUGAGAAGAGGAUGUUUUUGAUCAUGAAGGAAAAUUUUCGUCGUGAUAAGGGCAUUGCUAGAUCUACUUCUCGACACUUUUGUGAAAUCAUGCACACGCCGUGCCGGAGGUGAAGUGCUUCCUCCCCCAGCAUCAAGUUGUUGAGUGAGUAU